CAAGAUGAGAGCAGUGAAGCGACGCUUCAGUAAUAAAGCGGAGGGCUUCGUGGCGCUCUGCAGUACCAGAAACCUGGCCGUUGCCGUGCACGCGAAUGGGAGUGACGUUGGUGUUUCCGGAGCACAACCUCCACUGGGCGUAGAGAUUGUUCUCCCGGAGCCAGCGAAGGAUGCUACGGAGCAGCCAGUGCAAAAUAGCACUCAGCCGGCGGCGGUUCUUUCGCGCCUGCAGGCAGCGAGGAAUGUUACGGCUCCGCUGGCAGGGGGGAAUGUGACGGAACAUGGGCUAACGACGAAUGUGACUGACCAGCGACAUGAAGAAGAGGCUGGACAUUUCGGUUUAUCGGGCGGAUUGUGGUUUCCGGAUGUGUGGGCGGCGAUGGCAAACGUCUUCCUGCCGUCUCGAGCCAGCGAGGCUUCGAGAUCUCGUAGUGCUUCAGCCUCCCCGCGCAAGAAGUAUUACCUUCGAGGGAGCGCACACAGGGAAGCAGCGAGCGGAAGAGUUGCGGGUCACGACCACGACGGCCGGACGACAGAUCCAUCCUUCCUUGCUAUCACCGAGGAUUCCGACAGGGUAGUGCAUGUGCCGGCUCCUUUUACCAGCGGCCGUAACGCUUCCCGGGCCCCUUCGGCAGUUGAAAUCGGAAGGCAAAGCCUCUUGCAGGAGAACACAAUGUCUGCAAAGCGUCGGUCCCCUGACUAUGCAUUGCAAAUAUGUCUGGGUCUGGUACACUGGAACGUGGAACUUGUCAUGCUAAUUCUGGAUAGUGCAGAAUCAGAAAUCUGUGUUUUAUGAUCAGCAAAAGGGGUCCACUUUUGAGCAAAUUGACCUCAUGCGUCAUGAAAAACCUGCGUGACAAGUCUUGUAACUUGCCAAACCCAGACAUAUUUGCGUUUGAUGCUGACAAUUUUGAUUUGGCUGCAGAGUUUCUCGCCCACCUAGAGGCGAACACACAAACACAUGCUGAGUUUGCUGCAAAGGCAAUUAAAAAUUAUGUUGGCAAAAAGUAUAAGGAAAAGCGAGCUGAUUGGGAAAAGUGGAGACGGAAGGUUGACGUUCCAGCACACGUUGUCCAGUGGGAAAAACAGUACAAGCAGAGACUGAGAAAAAAGCUUGAUGAAAUGAAAAAAAAACAUAAAACGGCUUACGAUCGAUUUUUCCGCGAGCCUACCGACCACUCAAAAUGGAUAGGGAAAUACACCCACUUCGCGAGACGGACGAGUGGUUCCCAGGUAAUCGGAACGCCCACAGAUACACUGGAAUUACUCGAGCAGCCGCAGCCGUACGACUCCAGCUUCUUCCCUUGGGGCAGCAAGAAUGCUUACCGCUCCGAUCCUACAGGCCGGACAAUUUCGUAUAAGCAGGAGCCCGACGCCGCGGGGAGUUUUGGAGCAGUUCACAAGAAUUUUAAAAGCAAGGUCCUGCGCAAGCGCCAGACAGUCGACCAGGGCAGCGGCGAAAAAGCAGAAUCGGAAGUAGAAGAAGUUAAAAAUUCGCGAUUUGAUGGCGACAAAGAUCGGUUCGACCAGGUCAUCAAAAUUUCGAAGCCGGGCACUGAUGCCAUGGCGCUUGAUGAAAUUGUGAUCAACCUGUUCCUGUCACACGGAGACGCCGGGGGUUUGGAGCCCUGUGUUGCGCAGGUGCCGCAUGUCGUGUUCUUUUUUGACGAAUCUGGAUCUCAUAGCGUCGGUCUUUUCGUCGAGAAGGUAGAGACCGACGUCACGAAGCUAAUCCGCGACAGGGAAGUACACCCGAAUGCAUAUUUGGCCAGCUUCCACUACUGUUUGGACCAACUGGAUAAGGCGGGCGUUGUUUUGAAUGAUUUGAAGCCGGAGAACAUGGGCUGGGGGAUGAAAACCAAAAGCGUGAAGUUCUUUGACUUCGGUAUAUCGACAAUUCUUCGCGAUGACAAACGAGUCGCCCUCGGUCUCAAUCCAACCCGGACAUCUCUUUUCGGUUAUUGGCAAAGCUUGAACAAGAGACAAAAAGCGGGAACGCCAGCGUAUAUGAGCCCAGCAUUGAUGCGAGGCUGGUUGCCUUUGGGAUAUUUCUAUGGCCCGAAGUCCGACUGGUUCGCCGCCGGUCUGACGAUGUUGGUGCACCUUGGCAUACCGGUACGGAAAGCGCCAGACGAGGUAAUUCAUAUAUUGCACUGUAAUCUUGUUUGAUAAUUUAUACACACUGAAAACCAUAUUGUUCGAAGGAGAAAGGUCAUGUUGGUCAGUAGAGAACAAACUGGACAACCAAGGAAUUAAUUUCUUGCUGAAGUGAUAUAGAAAAUUCUAUAUCGCAAUUUUCCAGUGGCGGAGAGGGAGAAGAAUAAUAAGAGUGGAGCGGCCGAUUGCUCUUUGUGACCGGCCCUUCAUUUGGGAGUGCCGAGAAGAAGUGUAUCAUUUCCCUUCGCAGACGCUCGUGUCAGGCUGGAAGAAAAGAGUGAAACGGUUUCUUGAUGAACAAUAUCCUUUUGUAGAGGUCGCUUUUCGAAACGCGAUCAUCAACCACUUGAGCAGCGCGUGGCGGCCCACGGAUGAUAAGUCAGUGGAAAAUCUAAGAAACAUGGGUAAAGUAGCCGCGAAUCAAGAAGAAUCGAUGGAGGAGCCGCUAAGGCUGCGGCGAUCCCUACCGACAAUUCCCGAAAAUGAGGCCGAAGACGUUUGAGGUUUAUCAAAUUAUAUGUGCUGGCCCUGUUCUUUUAUCGUUCCGUAUCCGUUUCCGUUCUUUAUUCGUUUUUUUGCCCUCUCUCAAUGGUUGUCGACACUUCGUUCGUUUUUUUUUUGAAAUAAAUGCUUUGCCAAUAAAUUUGACUCGGCUCAUCUACGGCGUUGCUUGCUUGGUGAGCGCGGUGAAUGUGUGAUAAAGUACAACAACAUAGAAGAUGAGCAGAUGACUGUCUGUUGCAUGCUCGCCGAAGGCCAAGAUGGUUGCAGCUCCAACUGUUUGCAGAAU